UCGGCCGACCCAAAGGCGGCUCGUGCCCUAGAGCUGCCGGCCUACCGCCGCCCCGUCCGCCUCUCACGCGCGCCGCCUCCAUCGCCGUUCCCGCUCUACCUCAACGCAUCCCCGCAGUCUCCACCCAGUUCUCGAUCUCCGACAUUGGUUUUGAGGUAUGAGCUUCUCCACAGGUCUUGGGUGUGCCAGUGCACACCACCCGGUGCACCAUCUGGAUCCGCCGCUGGCCGGGAAGCCAUUUCUUGGUGUCAGUGCGACGCAUUUCCAGAGAAAGAUGCGGUUUUCUGGCUCCCCUGGUCGAUUCGAGUGCUUGGCGAACCCGCGUCAGUCUGGGCCACGGCGCACCGCCAAGGAAACCAUGUACGACCUCCACCCCGAGAUCUCGAUGCUGUAUGGAGAGGAAAAUGGUGCGGUUGCUGCCCCGAGCAAGGAGCUGGGUAUCGGAAAGGCCACCGAAACCUUACCAGACAACACUCCUAUCUCCUACCGCUACAACGAGCCCCGGAUUAAAGUCAUUGGCGUUGGCGGUGCCGGCUCCAAUGCUGUGAACAGGAUGAUUGAGAGCUCCAUGAAGGGGGUGGAAUUCUGGAUCGUGAACACUGAUUUCCAGGCUAUGAGGAUGUCCCCCAUCGAUCCGGCAAAUAGGUUACCCAUUGGGCAGGAACUGACAAGAGGUCUUGGUGCUGGUGGGAACCCGGAAAUUGGUAUGAAUGCAGCCAAGGAAAGCCAGGAGUUGGUGGAGCAGGCAGUCGCUGGAGCUGAUAUGGUUUUUGUGACGGCUGGAAUGGGAGGGGGGACAGGCACUGGCGGGGCACCCGUUAUAGCAGGGAUCGCAAAGUCUAUGGGCAUAUUAACUGUUGGAAUUGUGACAACUCCAUUUUCAUUUGAGGGAAGAAGGCGGGCACUUCAGGCACAAGAAGGAAUUGCAGCCUUGAGAAGCAAUGUUGAUACACUGAUUGUAAUCCCGAAUGACAAGUUACUGACUGCUGUUUCUCCAAAUACUCCUGUGACAGAAGCAUUCAAUUUGGCAGAUGAUAUUCUCCGGCAAGGUGUCCGUGGAAUCUCAGAUAUCAUCACUGUGCCAGGUUUGGUCAAUGUUGACUUUGCUGAUGUACGAUCGGUUAUGUCAGAUGCAGGUUCAUCCUUGAUGGGAAUUGGGACAGCAACAGGUAAGACGCGAGCAAGAGAUGCUGCACUCAACGCGAUACAGUCCCCUCUACUUGACAUCGGUAUUGAAAGAGCAACAGGAAUCGUGUGGAAUAUCACUGGAGGGACUGAUCUAACAUUGACAGAGGUGAAUGCAGCAGCUGAAGUGAUAUAUGAUCUUGUUGAUCCUGGUGCAAAUCUAAUUUUUGGCUCUGUUAUAGACCCAUCAUACACUGGCCAGGUGAGCAUAACUUUGAUUGCAACUGGAUUCAAGCGCCAGGAGGAAGGUGAAGGCCGACCUGCGCAGGCUGGAGGUGACAACAACCGUGGUCGCAACACUCGGUUUUCUUCGUCCUCCCAGGACGAAGGCCCAAAGCUGCAGAUUCCAGAGUUCCUACAGAGGAAAGGGCGUUCAGGGUUUUCCAGAGGCUGAGAAUCCCCAAGCAGCUUAGCUAGGUGUUAUUUUUUCUUUCUUUGCAAGCUGUAGGCAGUAGACUGAUAGCACUAGAUAGAGCACAUCCGAACCAUGUUUUAUCAUCGUGCAACCAUAUGGCUGUGUGAGAUAUUAGCUGAUUCUUGUGUUCCCAUUCUAAACGGAUGGCUUGAGAUCAUUGAAUUCCCCAAAUAAGAAAAAAUGAUGCUGCACCUCAAUUUGGGAAAGGGAUGUCAACUUGGUAA